AUGGCUAAUCGUCCCAACGUACCCCAAAAUGACCCUUUAAGUCCUAAGGAGGACCAAUCCCAUGAUACUUUUUCAUCGAACACUUCACAGGAACCCUUGUCCCAACCCCUAACUACCACAGUUUCCAGUCCAACCGGUGCUCCACCAUCGUCGGGACGGCAUCCAUUUUAUCGUGGCAUUCGGUGUAGGAGCGGAAAAUGGGUGUCGGAAAUUCGCGAACCACGUAAAACUACGCGCAUAUGGCUCGGAACGUACCCUACCCCAGAAAUGGCUGCUGCAGCCUAUGAUGUUGCUGCUUUGGCAUUGAAAGGCCUUGAUGCUGCAGUAAAUUUUCCUGAGUUAAUAAAAUCGUAUCCAACACCGGCAUCUCAAUCGGCCACAGAUAUACGAGCGGCAGCAGCUAGUGCGGCUGCUGCUAGAGCACCUCCACAAGAAAGUGGUGGUCAUCCAGCCACUCUUCAAGAACAGCAAACGCCGACUGGACAAGAGCAGACCGGAAUCGGAGCUUCUUCCAGUGAGCAUAUGCCGGCUGGACAAGAAUUUGUUGAUGAGGAGGCACUUUUUGACAUGCCAAAUUUGCUGGUGGAUAUGGCUGAGGGAAUGCUAGUAAGCCCACCAAGGAUGAAAACUCCGGGGGACGACGGCGACUCGCCGGAUGAUUUGGAACCGGAUAAUCUUUGGAGCUAUCGUUGA